AGGGGCAAAAGGGAGGAGGAGCCACAGUUUGAGUACUGAAGUCAUUAUUGUUCGGAGACUAUAAAAGGGCAGUUGCACAGUGAGUAAUUUAUGCGUGCUCAGCCUUGACUGUAUGGAUUUACUCAUUCAUUUUCCUCUAUAAUGUCAUCCAUCCCCACCAAGGAGUCCCCAGCCCCAGAUGUCGGGUGAGGAGGGGCUGAAACUCCUGCUCUCUGGAGGAAAGGCUGCAGGAGAUGAAGAGGAAGAGCAGCUGAAGGAGCAGCUCUGGGUCUUUUGCCUUUUGGAAAAUGCAUUUACCACACUCCUUGGCAAGUUCCUCAGAGAGAACAGAAAGUGUUUGCUUCCAGACAUGAACACAUCCUCGCAACUGUAUGUUUCUGAACUAAACCUGAGUGCCUUUGGCAGCAACUUUACUGUGCCUACUGUAAAGAGCAAGUCGUCACCAUGUGAGCAGGUGGUCAUUGCAGCUGAGGUGUUCCUAACCCUGGGCAUUGUAAGCCUCCUUGAAAAUAUCUUAGUGAUAUGUGCAAUUGUUAAGAACAAGAACCUGCAUUCACCCAUGUAUUUUUUUGUUUGCAGUUUAGCAGUGGCUGACAUGCUGGUUAGCGUGUCUAAUGCUUGGGAGACCAUAACAAUAUACUUAAUAAACAAUAGGCACAUAAUUAUGGAAGAUGCCUUCAUCCGUCAUAUAGACAAUGUCUUUGAUUCACUGAUCUGCAUAUCUGUGGUGGCUUCCAUGUGCAGUUUGCUGGCGAUAGCAGUAGACAGAUAUAUCACUAUCUUCUAUGCCCUGCGUUACCACAACAUCAUGACAGUGAAAAGAUCAGGGCUUAUCAUUGCAUGCAUUUGGACCUUUUGCACAGGCUGUGGCAUUAUCUUUAUUCUUUAUUAUGAAUCAACUUACGUUAUAAUUUGUCUCAUCACUAUGUUUUUUACCAUGCUGUUCCUCAUGGUUUCACUGUACAUCCAUAUGUUCCUCCUGGCUCGUACUCACGUGAAGAAAAUAGCUGCUUUGCCUGGGUACAACUCUGUCCAUCAAAGAACCAGCAUGAAGGGAGCCAUCACUCUGACUAUGCUUCUCGGCAUCUUCAUUGUUUGCUGGGCUCCAUUCUUCCUCCAUCUCAUCCUGAUGAUCUCCUGCCCUCAAAACCUCUACUGCGUUUGCUUCAUGUCUCACUUCAACAUGUACCUCAUUCUCAUUAUGUGCAACUCGGUGAUUGAUCCCUUGAUCUAUGCCUUUCGUAGCCAGGAAAUGAGGAAGACUUUCAAAGAGAUAAUUUGUUGCUAUAGUGUGAGAAUGGUCUGUGGGCUAUCAAACAAAUAUUAGGAAAACAAAACCAGGGAAGAGAACUGAAAUGCAGCAUCUUGCAUCACCUUGUCAUUCUGCUGAGAGGCCUGUGGAACAUCUUUAGUCAGCUGUCAAGAUUUUUGUGGCAAUCAGAAACUGUUUUUUUCUUUCCAUCCAUGCACCACCCUCACACUGAUGGUAGGAGUUACUGUGUGCAUCUACACUGAGGGGAGAAAGAAUAUUUUGCAUCUCAUUUACCCUUCUGAAGAGUCUGGAUCUUACAAGAGGACUGCACAGGGAAAGCCUUAUUUCCCUUUCUACCAAAUGUGACAAGUGUGACUGGCUGUGUAAAUAAGCCCAUCAGCAUCCCAAAACGUAUUUCCCUUGAUACUCAUUCUCUCUCUAGAUACAGCAUGGCUCAUUUUGAUGUCUAGAAUUAUUAUUUUUUUCUGCUUUCUUCCAAAGGGAUAAAGUCAGAAAAGUAGCUCCAAUUAUGAGGGUUCACAUACCUUGCUCAACAAAGUUACGAUCGAUAUGUAUGCAUACAUCGGUGUCUUGUAUUCUGGUUGUAACUGUUACUGUCAUAAAAUGUGUGGUAUUUAAGAAGAAAGCAUUGCAACAGAUUUCCUAGGUUGGACACAGUAGGUUGUCAUCUCUGACUGUAUGUGUUCUUAUAAUGGUGUAUGUGGGGAGAUUUUAAGCCUGAAUACAAAGACUGAGCUAAUUUUAGUUUGUUUUCCUCAUUCCUAGGGCUAGGGAAGUAAAGGACGUGUGGCCUCUAGCUCAUGCUGUAAUGUUUUUUUGGGAAGGAAUGAUCGGGUGAGUGACUGCCUUUAUAUAGGAGCUAGAAAAGCAUUUUAGCUAGGAGCAGCAUUUAUUGGAGGAAACCAUGCUGUAGAUUGCAUUUUUCAAGCUGUGAGAGACAAAACAGGUUUGACAAUCAGGAGGGACAGCAGGCUGACAGCAAAACAAACGUGAUCACAUCUCAAACAUGCAGCUAUAAUAUGAAAUACUAGCUUUUGCUCCCCAAACAAACUGUUAUUAUCUUUGCUGAGAGGUUUCUGUGGUGAAACCCUCAUGCAUUUUAUGUGAGCAAUUUGCACCUACUCAUGAUCUCAUAAGCAUGCUGUUCUGUAACAGCUGUAUAAUGUGCAAAAUACUGAAUUUGUCACAGAUUAAGGAAGUGCAACUGUGGCAUUGAUUUCCUGAUGCCAGUGGAUACGUACAAGCUAGGUAAAUAUUUCAAGCAGUGGUACCCUACUGACUAGCUGUCAGAAUAUAAUGUAGAAAAAUGAAACCUUUCUUCUAAAAAGCCUAGAGAAUAAUGCUGUUAUAUUUGGUCUAGAGAUGCUCUAAUGAUGUUGUUGUCAAUAGAAAGAUUAUAAUUGACGUAAUGAACCUUAGAUUGUCCUUCUAAGGUGAAAAGUUCUCAUUGGAUGUUGUGAGCAGUUUUUUUUUUUUUUUUUUUAACAUAAAAGUGGUCAAACAUGACAGUAGGUGCCCAGCAUUUUCAUACUGUCCAUCCUUGGAGAUAUUCAGAACUUAAUCAGACACAGCUCUGAGCAACCUGUUUUACAUUUAAAACUGACUCUAACCUUGAAGCUGGCCAUGCUCUGAAUGAUUUAGAAUAGAAGACCUCUGCAGGUCCAUUCCAAUCUGAGCUAUUUUGUGAUUCUCUGAAACAGCUUGUGUAUUAUGAUGAAAUGUUCAUCUUUUACACCUCCUAGCUUAACCUCUGUGUAAGAACUGUAAAAUAUUCUCCAUACGCAUUUAAAAGGAUAACAUACUUUGUAUCUUCAUUUGCUUUGGAGGUCUCUGGCAAGAUAUCUACUUCAAGAUAAGUACCAUUAGAGUUAUAUAUUCUAUCUAUCUUCUGCAGCUUGAAAUAUAUACUGCCUCCAGCUUGCACGUACUUCCCCCAGGCAUGAGUGGGAAUGCUAUUCUCAGUGGAGACACUUUAUAAUAUUGACUGUCAAUAUAAUGGCUACAGCAGUGCAUUUGGUGCUGGACUCUUCCUUCAGUUUUAUAUAAAAAUAGGAUUUCACAGAUGCAUUUGUGAUUGGUAGUGAGAGUCCUGCUUUGUUUCAGUCCAUGUCUUAGCCCUAUCUAUAAAUAAGUUUUGGGAAUGGGCUUCUGCUACUAUGAAUGUAAAUACCAAAAAUGAAACAGCUCAAUUGCAUAGCAAAAGGCACCAGCUGACAUUGUAAAUAAAUCACUAAAUCUUCACUGGUUACUGCAAAUAAAACAGUUUUGUACAUAACUGUAUAUCAUCAAAUAGGAAGCCAAAAUGGUAAUGGCUUUGGGUAUUUUCUUGAA